CAUAUUGUCUCGCGGGACCGCGGCUGGCAGACGGGCUUUCAGGCGGCCCUGGCCGGGGAAGAGGAGUUGCAUGUGUCGCUUCAGCUGGCGGUAGUGGCGGGAGCGGAGGCGGCGGGGGUUGUGCGACCGCCUGGGUUUGUGAGAUGGCUGCUGAUAUUUCUGAAUCCGGUGGGCAUGAUUGCAAAGGAGAGCCGAGGGGCAAUACCAAGUUAGAUGCAGACUACCCACUUCGAGUCCUCUACUGUGGAGUCUGCUCAUUACCAACAGAGUACUGUGAAUAUAUGCCUGAUGUCGCUAAAUGUCGACAGUGGUUAGAGAAGAAUUUUCCAAAUGAGUUUGCAAAACUUACUGUAGAAAAUUCGCCCAAACAAGAAUCUGGAAUUAGUGAGGGUCAAGGCACAGCAGGGGAAGAAGAAGAGAAGAAAAAGCAGAAGAGAGGUGGAAGGGGUCAAAUAAAGCAAAAAAAGAAGACUGUACCACAAAAGGUUACGAUAGCCAAAAUUCCCAGAGCAAAGAAGAAAUAUGUAACAAGAGUAUGUGGCCUUGCAACUUUUGAAAUUGAUCUAAAAGAAGCACAAAGAUUUUUUGCUCAAAAAUUCUCCUGUGGUGCCUCAGUGACAGGAGAGGAUGAAAUCAUCAUUCAGGGAGACUUUACAGAUGACAUAAUUGAUGUCAUUCAGGAAAAAUGGCCAGAGGUGGAUGAUGAUAGCAUCGAAGAUCUUGGAGAAGUAAAGAAGUGAUUUUGAAAAUUUGUCUCUAUUUAAUGAUUUGAACUGAGAGUUGAUAUGGCCAAAGGGAGAGAGGCCUUUUAAAAAUAUAUAUAUUUAUCCUACAGUAAAACUGUAGACUACCCUCACCCUUGGCAUUUUCACUGUUCUGUAUAAGGCUGCUUGUUUUUUUUAUUGCCAAAGUCUAAUAAACAGGGGAGACUGUCAUGCUUAUGCAUGAAAUAGAAUUUAGUCAAAUAAAAAUUUUUGGUCAUUUGGUA